AUGGACAGCGAACAAUUUCAAGAUCAGAUCGACAAAACCUUAAGGAAAGAGCAAGGGCAAGAGAAAGGGAAAGGAGUGGAAAAUGAGGAGAAUGCAAGGAAUGAGCAAGAAGAACAAGAAGCAGGAGGAGUUGGAGCAGAACAAGACGGAGACAACUUAGUACCCGGAACAAGUGGAAGAGAGAAAACACCCCCAACCACUAGAAAAUCUAAACGGAAAAAAGCCGCCCCCAAACCAUUCCCACCUCCUGCAACAACCAAACCAAAACCAGUAGGCCCGAUACGCAUUAAGAAACCAAAAACAACCUUGAACAACCAAGCAGAAGAGGCCCCACCGCAAGAGGCUAUUGGUACUCAAUUGAAACCCAAGGAAGCUCCAACUAAACGUCAAGGAGGAAAGAAUCCUCCAGCUCAAUACCCUGCUGAAAUCAUAAUUGAUGACAAUCAAGAAGAAGCAACGUCAGAAGAAGACGAUGAAGAUGACGGUGGAGUUGCAGAAGUCAAUGUAUGGAAUGAUACAAGUAGGAAUGAUAACCGCCCCCAAGCAUGA